CUAAAACAAAUUCCAUAAAUACGGUAUUCCAUUAACGGUAUGGUAUUAACAAUUAACUAUAACAACCACUUCAAAAUUUCCACUCCUCCAAACAUGCCACGUGUACACUAACAGCUCAUCCGUCUUGUUUCUCUCUCUUUUCCGGCAGCUCACUGGCGUUGAGAUUCCCUCCCAAAUAAACUAACGAAACAAACUCUCUCUUAAUUUAUUAAUUUUUCUUCUAGUUUUCUUAUCUGAGGAGUCUUUGUCUUUCAAAACUCUCAACUCUUUUGAGAAGAAGAAAAUUAAAAGAAAUGGCGACAGCGGCAACAUCAUCUCAGGCCCAAGCCCAGGCCCAAGACCCGUCUCAAACGGACAAGUCCGUCACCGGCUAUCCGGUCACCUACGCCUACGCGGCCCCACCGCCGCCGCCACAACCACCCCGAAGUCACGUGGACCCCACCUCCUACUAUCAUCAGCCCGACCGUCGAGCAGGGUCCACGCUUCUCCGCCGUCUCAUAGUGAUGGUCCUGGCGUUCCUCACCGUCAUGGCCUUGGCCUCCUUCAUCACGUGGCUCGUCUUCAGACCCCAACUCCCCCAGUUCCGAGUCGACUCGGGCUCCGUCUCCCAACUCAACACCACCGAGUCAACAUCCUCCCUUUCCGCCACGUGGCAGUUCACCCUGACGGUUAAGAACCCCAACGAGAAGCUCGCGAUCUCGUACAACUCCCUCCAGGCGUCGGUGGCGUACGCCGGAUUGGAGCUCGCGACGACGCAGCUGGCGCCGUUCGCGCAGGAUAAGGGAAACGAGACGCAUGUCGAUUUCCGGUUGGGCGCCGUGGACGAGUACGUCGGCGAGAGUGUGGUGAGUAGAAUCGAGGAGGACCGGAAGGCUCGUGGGCUGGUGGAUUUCAGUGUUGGGGUUUACGGGUGGGUCCGGUUUAAAACCGGGUGGUGGGAGAUGAGGUGGCGUUUGAUGAAAGUGUCAUGUGAGGGUGUGAAUAUUCGGCUUUCGAAUGAUGGUGGAUUCGACGGGAACUUAACGGGUCGGGUCGACCGAUGUCUAGUUGCUAUGUAAAGAACUGAAUGUGAGUAAACUAUGUAGUAAUUAUAGUUCAAUGGUUUCACAUCACAUUGAUUUGGAUUUAAAAUUUAUAAGUUUUAUAUUUAAUUGUUUUA